GAUGCGUAGACAUACAGGAUAUCGCAAGGCGCUAAGUUUAAGCCUAAAAUGUUAAACGAUAUAAGCUAUUACCUCUGAUUCAGAAGCUCACGGUGGACAUUUCUAAACGCAGAAAGUGACUGGAAUUAGCGUACCGAACAUUUAAGCGUUUGGAACAUUACAAUGACAACUGAAGGGCUGUUAAAUAAGAUGAUGCCUUUGCUAUGUUAAGCUAGCAUGCUAAGCUAAGUGCUAGCCACGGCUAACCUCAUUUGGUUUUUGGAAUGGAUCUAUAGGUAAAGCGUAGCGCGAGCUCCCCCGGACAUGGCAGCAGGAGCAGGGGCCGCUUCUGGCGGCUCUCUAGAGUCUAGUUUAGACAAGAAGUUUCAAAGCGUCACAAACACGAUGGAUUCAAUCCAAGGACUGUCAACGUGGUGCAUUGACAACAAGAAGUACCACAGUCUGAUUGUACGACACUGGAUGAAGUGUUUAAGAAAAUCUAAUGCCUCACACAGGCUGAACCUUUUUUACCUGGCCAACGAUGUCAUUCAGAACUGUAAAAGGAAAAAUGCCAUUGUUUACCGUACGGCGUUCGCUGAGGUGCUUCCUGAAGCCUUCGUGUUGGUCAACUCUGACGGUGACCCUAAGGUAAUUAAACCGGUGGAGAGGAUACUGUCCAUCUGGGAGGACAGGGGUGUGUAUUCAGGAACACUCAUUGCUGAGCUUAGGAGUAGCUUAGCCAAAGAGGAGUCCCCACCUGAGACACCUGUGGAGCAAAAAACUCCAGUUGAGUCUAAAGCAGAUCUGAGGUCCAAGGUUGUCGCUGAGUUUGUGCCCCAGGCACUAUUAGAUAAACUGUGCAAGUACAGGAGAUCUGUGGAAGAGAUUGACCUCAGAGAGAAACAGCUGACAGCUAUGAGGGUCGACAUCUGCAAUUCUGAGGCCCUCAAGAAGCUCAAAGAUAAGGCAGGAGGAAAGAAGUUUUCCAAGGACUUUGAGGAAGGAAGUGCGCAACUACAGGAGUUUGUCAAGUUCCUUGACAAACAAUCCAAAACAGGGCCUCCUCUUAUGGAGGCCCUCAGCAAUGCAGAUAUCUUCUACGAGAUGCAGUACAAUGAGGUCAAGAUUGUUGCUAAUGCCUACCAGACGUUCGCUAACCGGGUGUCCCACCUGAAGCGUAAGCUGGACGCCCUGAAGGCCACCUUGCCAGACCUGGACGAGUCACCCAUCCCCUCACCCUCUGCAGAUGCACCGUCUCCAACGGGCUCAGAGUCCCCUUUUCACGGCCUGGAAUUGGCCAACCCCGAUCCAGAUCUUGAUGGCUCUGCAAUGGAUGACGAGGCAGAGGCACCAGCCCCGAGCCCUCUGUCCUCACCAGGAGGAUCCCCCAAGCCCACAGAGCCACUCGGGGAGAAUGACAAUCGCGAAGUGGAAGACAUGGAGCUCUCUGAAGAAGAAAUGGACAGCGGUGGCAUUAUAGUUGAGGAGCAGAUCGAGCGCCCUGCCCACCCAGCGGUGUCCUCUGCAGUCCCUGCAAAAACGGAGCGUUCAGUCACGCCCCCUGUAGCAGCCCCCGCAGCAGCUGUGGAAAGUGUUGAUCUGAGUAAAAUUGGCUCCAUCCUCAACAGUUUAAGCUCAGUCAUGAAGAACACAGGACCAGUAGUGGAGAGUGCUGCUGCCCCUUCACGCUCCUCAUUUAAAACCACACCUGCUGCUUCUGUGGCCUCUCAGGAUGCCAGUUCACUCGUAAGCUUUCUUUCCAAGGUGGACGUGAGUCCUGCAGACCUCCUCGGUGCUCUCUCCAAAGUCCAGGGCCAAGGCAGCCUUGAUGGCGUCACUUCUCUUCUGAGCAGCCCAGCAGCAAAUGUCUCCUCAGAUUCCUCCAGUACAGGCAAGAUUCCUCCCUGUCCUUCAACCACAUCUGCGUCAGCAGUGCCCUCUCAGAGCCUGUCUCUCUCCUCUGUUGCACCUGCGCCUUCUUCGCCCUGCUCCACUGUAAGGCAGAACACAAGCUCCCAAGCCCCCCCUCAGACCUCCAACCCAGCCUCUGCCCUGGUCCAGGCUCUCCAUAGAGACAUGGAUUUGACUACAGAGCCCGAACCGUCCGUGUCGUCUAAAAGUUUAGAGUCUAAAAUACACAACUUCCUGCAGGGGAACUCUGCUUUCAGUGCAUUUGACCUGGGCUUUUCUACGCACCCAGUGCAGGGAGGGGAUACUCUCAGCCCAGUACCUGGGGCAGACACCCAGGAUGGGACUCCAGUGCGGGACGAGGGCGGAGGCACCCCAACUCAAGAUGAGAUCAUGGACAAGCACGUGGUGGCCCCGUUCACUGCCGGCACAAAUCAGCCAUCUAUUGGAGAAACUUUUAAAACUGCUCCUAUUGUAUACCAGAACAGCAGUCAGCAGAACCCCAACAAUCCCCAACAGCAAGCUCACUUGCAGCCAGGUGUAGCUCAGAAUGGGCAGGUCUACCAGCCGUACCCAUAUGGCAAACAUGAGAUGCCAGAGCAUGGGAUCACUGCACCUGUCGCACAUUACCACCAGAUUUCCGCACAAACAGGAGGGCCAGUGCCUGGGGAAAGAGCCCCAGGCAGUGCCAGUAGCACACAGACAGUUGAAGGCUUUCAGGGGGUGACUGAAAGGGGUUGGUAUGGGGACAUUUACCCAGAGGGCAACUCUCAGCAGCCCAGUGGCUACAAUGUGACAGUGCCCAGAGGUUUGGGAGAUAACAGGACGUCAGUACUUUAUCCAUACCAAGCAGAGCAAACUCAGCAACCUCAAGAGUUGGCCUCCCAGCAGGGUGCCGCUGCAUCCCCUGGUUACCUCAGAAGCGCCCUCCCCCCUGUUCCAAAAUUGCCUCCCCCUCCUCAUGGCUUUGACGGCCCUCCAUCCAUGACCGGCGGUGUGAUGACUCCCCAAGAACAUCAUCAGCUGCCGCAUCGUGCAGACUCAAGGGAGGUGAUUGGGGCCAGAGUCGACAGUGUCAUCAGUGGAAUGGUGGUCCACGACCAUCAGCACAAAUCCAUAUUUCAUCCAGAUGAUCCGCUGUAUGACCUUGACCGACCUCAUCCUCCUCACCCUGACAAUUUACGCCCUCACCCUGAUGACCUGCGCUACCAUGAGGACCCAGAGCGUUACCAUGAUGAGCUCCACCAUCGAGAUGCCCUUUUCUUUCAAGAUGACUCUUUCCACCACCAAGAUGAUCCAUAUUACAGGCCAGGCAGCCCCCCUCACCAAUAUCCCAGAGUUCGGGGGCGCCUCACCCCCCCUCUCUCACCCUCAGAGGACCCUUACUUUGCCCAUGACCACCAAUGGCACGGGCCUCAUCCUCCGCACUACACUCCAAGGAGACCACCACCUCAUCUUGAAAUCCGUCAUCCCGGUCUGCGGCCUCCACAUCGGCCUCCCCACCCAGCACACCACCCACACCCCAGAGGACCCCCACGUGCACCAUUUCCUCGUUUCCAUGGCCCCGAUCCAAGGUUGAGAGGCAAGCGUCCUGGUCCAAGAGGAGGGGGAAAUGCUGGUCCAAUGUUCGUCCCGAAAAGACCUUUUCUACCCCCACGGUACUGACUUUGGGCUCUUUAAAUCACUGUGGAUGCCAUGAACGCUGGGCAGGACUUGCCAGUCACUGAGUGUUUAGCUCCACACCCUGCCAUGAGAAUCUGAAAAUGUGUGUGGAUAAAAGUGCAGAUAGUGAGGGGGGGCAUCAGGACACAAAGUUAUUCUGCAGAAGAAAUCAUUCCGCAGCUACAAGAAGAAAAAUGGAAACGGCGAAGAGUGAAGGAUGUGUAGAAGGCUGAGGAGAACAACAGACAACACCAGGAGAUAUAAGAGAAGGCGGAGGCUCUGAGAGGGCUGCUGAACUGAAGAGGGAAGACAGAAGAUUAAAGAAAAUAAGAGGUGGAUAUAUAUAAUUCACUUUUUGUGUUAUUUGCUCCAGUUUGAAGCAUUGCAUUAAAUAUGUAAUUUAGCAUCAGUUCGAUAUAGGUCAGAGUGUGUGCAUGGUAUGCGUGUGUGCAUGUGGUCAAGUGUCAAGUCAAUUAGUCACAGAAGUUGAAUCUGGAGAUAGCUAUUUUUUUGCUAAGAGAGUAACAAAAGAAUGUAGUCGAUGCAAUGUUUCUGCUAUUCUUUAGUUUUUCAGUGAGCAGUUUUGACUGCUUCUCCUCCAUAUCAGCAGCAUCGGAGCAACUUUUGGUCAAACACCAAUCGAGAUUUCACUUUGGGUAUGAAAAACAGAGUGUGUGUUAUAAAAUUUAUGUUCCUUCCACCAUACACGUUUGCAUAUUUGGGGGAAAUGAUUUUUCAUUGAUUUUUUUUUCAACUCCGAAUGCUAUAUUUGUGAAGCGAUGCUUUUUUUCACUGCGUAAGAUCCCUUCGGCGAUAGUUUUACGUCUCGUUGAGGUCGUUGAAGGACAGCGGCACAAAUCUAUUCAAAGAGAGAAACACGUGUGAAAGUUAACUUUUUCAGCCUCCAACACCGACGCAGAAGAAGUGCAUUUUUGGAGGGGAUGAAGAUACUCGACUUCAGUUUCGUUUUACUUGUACUGACUAAUAAAAAUCUGAGUUUGAAACACUCUGUUGUUUUAUUUCUUUCCUCUGAUCCUUGGACUGUUGCACCCACUGCCUUAAACUUUUAACCAUCAUCUGCACAUGCCUCAACUAAAUUAUCUUUCUGUCCAUCACCAGAAAAAAUGGCACACCUACUGUGUCUGUGAAGUCCAUAUAAGCAAAUACAGGUUGCAUCACUCACAGUUUAAUGCAUUUUGUACGAUUAUGCUUUGCAAUUCGAGGUCAGUAUUUCACCACUGUUUUAUAUUAUAUUUUAAUACAGAUAUUUUUGUAAAAAGUCUUAGGUACGGGUUUGAUCCACUAAAGUGACUAAAAUAGGUUUCUGUUGCCAUGCUGCAUAAUUUCAGAGAGGUAAAAGUAAUGUUGCACUCAAAGCAGAAAUAGGCCGAUCUCCUCCACAUUUACUGUAUUUAAAUAGUCACUAAAUAAACCGCAUUAUGUUUUUGUACCAUGUAGGUACUUUCUGUUCCUACAACUAAGAUGCAGCCAUUUUUAAAGAAAAGUAAAGUAUAAAAGGAAAUUGAGUAUGCUCCAGAUAGAUAGGCAUUCAAUCAAUAGACAUGAGACAAGAAG